UGGCACACCUCUCUGAAGGUAGCUCGAGCUCGAAACAUGUUACUGGCCUUAGUUGGAUUAAAACCGCGUAAUAAAGUCGAGCGAGCGCCUCUUUCCCAUUAAAUUUUCCCCAAAAAUGAGGGAAAACGGCGCAACGUCAGCCUCGAAAAUCGAAUUUUCCAAGACGUGGAAAUUGUAAACAAGUGUAUUGAUUUUGGGUGUCGCGUGUAUGAUUGUGUUAUUCCGACGUCAUGCGCGGUGUUGGUGUUGUUUUUCUUAAAACGUGGUGAUUUUGUGGAUAAUUCAACGACAGAUCAUGGUUGCUUUAUGAUAUGGCGGAAGUUAAACCCUUGUAUUCGACAUGUGUUGCCGUUUUGGGAUUUAUCUGUUUCGUAGUUGGCGCCACUGCCGUCGGAAUACCCAUGUGGGGGUAUUUCGAUAAUCUUGGUGGACACGGCAACGAAGAACGGGGAUAUUUCGGGCCUUGGAAGACUUGCAAACUUCUUCUGUACAACAGGGAGAGGUGCGGGAAUGACUCGUCAAAUUUCCGAACCACGAUUGCGGUGUGGGUGGCUGGUGUGGUUGCCGCAAUCGGAGUGACAAUUUUGGGGAUCUUCUGCUUUCUGAGUGUCAUCCAGCUGGCAAUGUUGAGUUCGAAGGAAAAAGUGAUGAUGAAAUACAGCAUAGUCGUCGCAACGAAAGUAGCGUUAGGACUCCUAGCGACUUUAUUGGCGAUCGCAGCAGCUGGUCUCUUUGCCCUUCAAGCCGACGACCGACGACGCACUGGCUUUGAGAUUAGCAGAGGGCCCGGAUUUUAUAUUCAGAUUUUGUUGAUAGUCUUAACGGUGAUACUGUUUGCGAUGUCGGUGUAUGACGUCCUGCUCUCGAGGAGAGAGGGCGGAGACCCCACGAGGGUUGCAGUGCCAAUGGAAGGUGCCACCUUUGGGAAUCCCGGCUUUCGGGAGCGAACCAACGGGCGAAGCGUUUCGGUGACGGACGCCAGCGGUAAGCCCUACAUGCCCACGGCUUCCAACGGGAGCAUGGCUUCGAUGAACACCACUUCGACGACCAUUGGGUCCACAAACGGGUCAACUGUGGGGUCGUCAGUAACGCGGUCGCCGCUGCGGUCCAGUUUGAAAAAGCCGAAGCCCAAGGACGGGCUCGGUAUCCAAAAUCCGGGCUUUUCCGGGACGUCGCCCACGCUCUCCCGGAAUGGGAGCACGAAAAAAGUUCGGAUACAGACCCACAGUACUGAAGUGUAGUGCUGAACUUGAUUAUUUAUUUGUCAUAAUGAACAAGUACAAACACCCAAUUGGCUUAAGUGCACUUAUUUUAUGAAGGAAGCGAGUGAAAUGUAUAUAAAGAUAUGAAGUACAUGACGUUGUAAAUAUCUAAGCUACUUAUUUACACUUAUUUUUAUUCCGUCCAGCAACAAAGUUGUGUUUUUUAUUUUGUGUUUAUAGUUUAUAUAUUUUAUUGUAACCGUUUGUGAAACGGAGAAAUUUUGACAUAUUUUAUUAUUGUUAUUUCGAUGUUUUAUGGGUUGGGUAUGUCACUGGAAAAGUCUAUUGCUUUAACUAGAACUAGGACUAAUCGAACUUAGUUUUGUAAAUAGUCCCUCCCUCCAAAAUUCCGGGCUUUUAUUUGAUGUACUUUAUCAUAACUUUUUGUGAUACUAAAUAGAGCUGUAUCAUACGUAA